GAAUUUCUCUCUCCAAUUAUUUUAUAUUUUCUCAAAAGAUCGAGUCUUCUUCCCAAAAAAAAAAAAAACCAGUCUGGGUUUUUUAAGCACAGUAGCUUCAGCCAUUAGCUAGCCCCACUCUUAAAAAUGCACCUUGCUUCUCCGCCCUCUGUCUUUUCUGGCAAUGACCCAAUACUGCUUCGUUUCCUGAGUAACAGUCUACAGGUUUUGUAGGCUCUUUGGUGGGUUCUAUAUGGAUUUUGGUCUGCUCUGUUUGGAUGGCUUAAUGGUGGGUUCGGACACUUCAGCUACUGCUUCUGUUUCUGCUUCCGCUUCUGCUUCUUUUGCUACUCUUCUUGUUUCAGAUCCUGAGACAAAGCAGAAGCUGUACGGAUCUGGGUUGCUCAACAAGCAAGAAAGGUCCUGUAAUAAUGAAGACGAUGAGUCUUGGAGAAGCCCAAAGCUGGCUAAGUCCACUGAUGACUUCUCCGCAUCAAAAGCUGUUUCUCUCCAGCAAAGAAACAGUAGUUUACUGAGAUCUAGUACUUCAUCUCUCUUCUCUGAUUGUCAUCAACAGAUGCUGAGCUUCUCUUCUCCCAAACCAGAGGCUUUUUCUGCAGAAAGGACCUCUCAAAAUAUCUCUACAUUCCCUUAUUUUCAGCUUACAUCAACAUCCGCUUCUAGUAGAAAUAAUAUUACAGGGUACUACAACAACAGUAGUGGAAUCUAUAAUGGAACAAACAUGCAUGGGACUUUAGCAGGUUGCAGAGGACCAUUUACUCCAUCACAAUGGAUGGAACUUGAACACCAAGCCUUGAUCUACAAGUAUCUCACCGCAAAUAUUCCCAUCCCAUCUAAUCUCCUAAUUCCAAUAAGAAAAGCUUUUGAAUCUGCUGGUUUUUCCAGCUUUCCAGGAAGCCUGCUCAGACCCAAUUCAUUGGGAUGGGGAACUUUCCAUCUUGGAUUCUCAAACAGCACCGAUACUGAGCCGGGACGGUGUCGUAGGACGGAUGGGAAGAAAUGGCGGUGCUCGAGAGAUGCAGUCGCCGAUCAGAAGUACUGUGAACGACACAUGAACAGAGGCCGCCAUCGUUCAAGAAAGCCUGUGGAAGGCCAAUCUGGCCAUUCCGUCGCCACCACAAAUUCAAAACACAUGGUGUCUACCACCACAACCACCGCCACCGCCACCGCCGCCAGCUCCUCUGCAGCAGGUGGUGGCUCCAAUGGCAACCUUACCAUUGCCCAGCAGCAGCUCAAAACCUUGCAACCUGGACUAACAACUCUUUCCUCAACAGCUACUACUCCAGGCAUCAACAGGAUGUUUAUGAACGCAGAGAAUUUGGAGGAUGAGAUGCAGGAGACACCUGGGUUAUCUAUGCUUGACUCGAAAUCUAAAGAAAAUUCAUUCUUGAUUCCGAAACAGCCGAUUCCAUACGAAGAAAUCUCUCACGACUUGUUUGGAGUUGUCUCCUCGCAGUCCCUUCUCAACCCCUCUCACAGAUCUUCUUCCUUGAUGAGUUGCAGAAACUAUGGUUCUGCCCAGGAAAUUUCUGACCAAGAAACCGAAACACAACACCAUCCGCUUCGUCAGUUCAUGGAUGACUGGCCUAAAACGCAGUCUGGUCGCUCUGGGAUGUCCUGGCCAGAGGUUGAUCGAAUGCAAUCUGACAGGACUCAGCUUUCAAUAUCAAUUCCAAUGGCUGCCUCAGAUUUCAUGUCUUCCACUUCCUCCCCUAGCAACGAAAAGGUCACUCUUUCACCACUCAGAUUGUCUCGCGAAUUUGACCCAAUACAGAUGGGUUUGGGAGUAGGCAGUGUGAUCAACGAAUCGAGCCAGCAAAGGCAAGCACAUUGGAUCCCAAUCUCAUGGGAGAAUUCAGUUGGGGGGCCACUCGGGGAAGUUCUGCAUAACACGAGCAAUAACACAGUGGAGUCCAAGAACUCGUCAGCAUUAAACCUUAUGACGGAGGGGUGGGAUAAUAAUAGUCCUCGGUUAGGAUCAUCCCCGACCGGCGUGUUGCAGAAGACUGCGUUUGGUUCAUUGUCUAACAGCAGCGCUGGGAGCAGUCCCAGGAUGGAGAAUAACAGGACCCAGGAAGGGGGAAGCGUGUGCAAUAAUGAGCUAAUGGGAUCAAACCUUCUUCUUCCUCUCUGCCUGCCGUGUAACCAAUUUGACAAACAACAGAAGUAGCAUUGAGUUUUAAGUAUGUGCUGACAAACAUGGAAGAAUUAUUAUAUAGUUUAAUUCCUGUGAGGUUUUUUAGUCAGUCUUUAUUUGAUUUUGCAAGUUGUAACAUUUUGCUUUUUGCUUUAAUGAAGAGGAAGACGUGUUUUUCUGAA